AUGGCGGACGAUCAUCUAUACCUACCCCUUCCUGGGGACCGCCGGAUCUGCCAUGUACACCAUAGUGUUCCCCAGGACCGCCGAAGCUUCCAGGCCCACCCUGAUCUUGCUGUGGUCCUUGGAUUACACCGCGAGGCCCUCCAAAGCCGGGAUUGCCAGGGCCUUACUAGUGGCUGUGGUGAUGGUUGGGUUGGUGCUCAUGCUGAUUUUCUUGCUGGUGAUGGUGCUGGUGGUCGUGGUGGUCUUUGUGGUCGUGAUUCUCGUGUCCAUGUUGAUGAUCGUGUUGAUGAUCGUGCUGCUGGUUGUGGUGGUUGUGAUGGUCGUGAUUCUCGUGUUCGUGCUUACCGUGCUCGUCGUGGUGGCUCAAGGGACCCAUGA